AUGGACCAGGAAGUGCUAGACAUUCCAACUUCCCCUUCCCCUGACGACUGUGACUAUGUGCUGGCCAGAAGUGCUUCAGUUGAACCUGAGGAAGAGAAACAAGAGCUUCCUCUAGAAGGCUUAUGUCCCAGCAGACAGGAAACAUCCCAAAGGAACUCCAGCAGAGACGCCUGGGAGAUCUCCAAGGACCCAGUGGCUGAGGCAAGACCAAAGAACUCCACAUCUAUUAAAUCCCCAGUACCUCUUUCAGCAAAGUGUGGUCAGAAUAAAAAACAGAGGAAAGAGAGUCUCCAGACCAAAACUCCCUCCACUGAGAGUCUUGAUUCAGGAAGACUUGAAGAGGAAAGAGAAGAUAGUGGGCAUGAGCCAAGAGAGGGGAGCAACACCUACCGCCACUCUGCAAUGUCCAGGCAGAGGGAAGCAGAGGGAACCAAAUCCAUAUCAAGCACUAAAGAACCAGUAACAGGCAAGCACCAAAACCUGAAGUCUAGAGGACCUGAAUCUUCCAGCAAGACCAUCAAAGCCAGCUAUGAAAAAGUCAAGGAGACCUGCAACAGAUUAAGUCCUAAAGAGUCUUUAGCAUCAUUAGGGCCAGAUGGGAAAGCAGAAUGGAAGCUCCCUCUGGAGAACAGAAAGAGAACGAGCUCCAUCUCUGAUAGUAGCAAAUAUAAAUCUGCCAGUGCAGAUGAACUUACCAGGGAAGACAAGGAACGUCGAGCUCUGUGCGAGGCCGCAUUAAUCAUGGGACAGAAGAGAAUCGGCGACCGUACUAAAAUGCUGAAAAACCCCUUGGACUCUCCUCCAUCUUUUGCUGAUUACAACCAUCUGGGUUUUAACCUGAGAUCAAAUAUAUUCCAAGGUGGCCCACUGAAGAGCCAAAGCUUGAUGAAAGAUUCCUACACCCCUGAAAUAAUUAAGAAGGCAAUCAGGGACCCCAAGAAUUGGCAUGGAAGGAGAACUGAUGAGCUAGGGGAAUGGUAUAAGAAACAUGCACUAGAUCUUAACGUACAGAAAGCAUUGGAGGAUAAAUAUGGAAAGAAGAAAAGCAAACCUUAG